AUGAGUUCAAUGGAGGCAAUCAAGUUUCCAAUCAAAGUUGUAUCAUUGCUGUGGAAAACGGUUCUGGAAAAUGGAUGGUUCGAGUCACUGGUUCUUCUCAUUCUGAUCACGAUCAGUGCAGUGGCGGAGCUCUUUUCAAGGAUUCUCAGUCCCCUCAUUAGAAUCUUCCCUUACGACAGCUUCAGCUCGCUGGUGAACAUUCUGGAUCCAGCAUUUCAGCUUGACAAAGCAGUCAGAGAAUCCUUCCCUAACGUUCAAGACGCAGGGAGCAAGUCCAAUCUGGUCUUGGCAGCUUUAUCUAGUGCUCUUGCCUACGAGAAUCUGGACAAGAUCCGGAAAGUCAUCACAGCAGAUUGGCAGAUGGCCUGGUUUGCUGGCUACAACUUCCUGCCGUCCGGAUCCCGGGCCCUUUUGUUCCAUGCUUCCAACCCCUCAACGGGAGAACAGGCGGUGGUACUGACGUUUAAGGGGACGGAGCCCUUUUUCCUGCGCGACUGGCUGGUUGACGGCCGGACGGAAAUGUACCGACAUCGUCCUACCAAAGAGCAUCCUGAGUGGGAGACGCUCGGGGCCAUGCACCGAGGCUUCCUUUUCGCCUUGGGGCUCGUGGACCGUCCAAAGAGUGACCCGUCGACUUCCCCGCGCUUCCAACCAAGCGUCGUCAUCCUCGACCAGUUCGGCCAAACCCGCAGCGUCUCGGGCGCGCUUCCGUACGACCGCCUGAAACUCGACCUAACCCAGAUCCUGACCGACAACCCGGCCGCUCAAUUGCUCAUCACCGGGCACAGCCUCGGGGGCGCCCUCGCCGUGCUCUUCACCGCUCACAUCCUUGCUGAUGUCACAAUUCCCUCGAACCCCGUGGCCCCGCCGUUGGGAACCGUGAAGCCCCUGAAGGUUGUGAAGCCUGGGGACAACCACUUCUGGUUCAGCCGGCUGGGGGGUUUGUAUACUUUCGGGCAGCCCCGGGUGGGAGACGUGCGCUUUGCGGUCUUCAUGGAGCAACUGAAUGCUGAUGUGGACAGGCUGCUCUACUUCCGAUUCGUCCACAAUGAUGACGUCGUCCCCCGGCUGCCGCCCGCCACGCCGCGCAUGUACCAGCACGUGCAGCCGCUUUUAUACAUCACCGAGUUUGGAAGUAUCACUGGCGCCAUGGAGCAGCCGCCGCUCAUUCUGUUCAAGCUCAUCAUCGACGGCGUCUUCAAGCCGUUCGUCUCGGGCUGGUUGGGCCUUAUCCUCGCUGCGAUCGUCUACCCCGGGGCGCUUCUCGCCGGCCUCGCCACCGGGCUGCUCUUCGGCGUCAUUGGCUGGAUGAUCGCCCCGGUUGCUUUUGUCCUGGGCGCGGUUCUUGGCGGCGGCGGCGCGUUCCUCGCGCUCUCGAUCCUGACUGUGAUCGUUAGCGACCAUUUCAUGCACGAUUACAAGCGCGAGAUCCGUGGCCUGAAGGUGGAUACUGUGGGAAUUGACACGCACCAAGUGAAGAGCCCGCUGGGUGCCGCACUAGACAAGGUUUGCACGCCCAUGUUUGCCUCGAACCCCUCCACCCCGAAUGCAGCCGUUCCAAAGAAGUUCGUUUGA